CCCUCUCCUCUUCCUCUCGAUCUCUGCUUGCUCUCAGUCACCGCCUCGCCUCCAGCCCUUCCUCCCUCGCAACUACAGCCUCGUAAACCACAUUAUAUAUAAAAUCAAAAUUUAUGAUCCGGUCCGGUUGCACACCGCAGCACCCUUCUUCUCCUCCUCCUCGCCGCACGACGCCUUUCCUCUCCUCUUCCUCUCGAUCUCUGCUUGCUCUCAGUCACCGCCUCGCCUCCAGCCCUUCCUCCCUCGCAACUACAGCCUCGUAAACCACAUUAUAUAUAAAAUCAAAAUUUAUGAUCCGGUCCGGUUGCACACCGCAGCACCCUUCUUCUCCUCCUCCUCGCCGCACGACGCCUUUCCUCUCCUCUUCCUCUCGAUCUCUGCUUGCUCUCGGUCACCGCCUCGCCUCCAGCCCUUCCUCCCUCGCAACUACAGCCUCGUCGCCGAUUAUUGCAGCAUCACAGAGUGGCGGCCCUCGGUCUCUGGCCGUCUCUUGCCGUCGCGGGCUCGCCUUCGCUCCCGGCCUCGUCUUACAUGCACUCAGGUUUAGUUGUUCGUUUUUCAUUUCAACUCCUGUUGGGCUCCAUGCUCCACUAAAAAUCGAUGCUUUUUCAGGGAAUUAGUCUCUAGUCCUAAUAAAUUUGAAGAAAUUUGAAGACUUCCCCAAAUCGACUCAGAUAUAUUUUAAGAAAACACUACGAAAAACACGGGCUCUCCUUGGUUCUCUGGAUUAGGAGGUGCGUUAAAACUACAAAUGAAGAACAGUUGUCUGAGCUAAGGGAUCUCGUGGAAGCGCGCAGUAGGGAUCUUUCUUUGCAUCUGCUGUCACUUACGGUGAGCCUGAAUCGGGCUCUCCUUGGUUCUCUGGAUUAGGAGGUGCGUUAAAACUACAAAUGAAGAACAGUUGUCUGAGCUAAGGGAUCUCGUGGAAGCGCGCAGUAGGGAUCUUUCUUUGCAUCUGCUGUCACUUACGGUGAGCCUGAAUCAGUCAACAGUUGUGUUGGGACAAAAAAAGUCAGUCGACCGUUUCUCUUAUAAAUUGCCAACAGGCACAAGGUAACUGGAAAGUUGCAAUUUCGAACGAGCAGUUUGAUAUCACUUCCGCAGCCAAAGAUUGUUGGAAUGGAACGUCUCGAAGGAAAGUCUCUUCCCCUUGGUGGUGAAUCUUCAUCGUGGGAUUACGAGGUGUUCUUGAGCUUUAGAGGGCCCGAUACUCGCUCAACCAUCACUGACUCUCUUUAUGAGACCAUGAUUCGGGCCGGGAUUCGCGUCUUCAAAGAUGACGAAGAGCUCCGUAUUGGAGAAGAGAUUGGAGGCGAGCUUCUAAGAGCAAUCUCUAUUUCGAAAAUCUACAUACCGAUCUUCUCUAAAGACUAUGCUUCUAGCAAAUGGUGUCUUCGCGAGCUUGCACACAUGGUGGAGCAUAGGAAGAGAGGUGGCAAGGUGAUCUUGCCCAUCUUCUAUGAUGUGGAUGCAUCAGAUCUUAAGCUCAGAACUGGAUCAUACGGCAAGGCCUUAGAAAAUCAUGAGAACCAGUCUGGCAAAAUUGUGGCCAAGCAGUGGGAGGAGGCCCUAAAAGAGGUCGCUGCAAUCAAGGGACUGAACUUAAAAGAUCUCCGGAGCUACAAUGGAAAACAUGACAUGAGCUGAAAAUUGAUAAAAACCAUGCAGAAUAGACACUUAAAAGAAAAUUACCCAGAGUUAGAAAACAUAUGUUAUAAGAGACAAUACCAACCUUGGAGGGAAGCAGGUGGAGGCAUCUCAUCUUUUGACUGUUUAGGUUUCUUCCUCCUUCCUCUUGAGCAGCUUUUUUCAUGUAAAAUUCCAUCA